AAAACGUGGGAAUGAGAUAAAAUAAAAACUCAAAAGUAGCAUAUUGCAGGCAACAUAACAGUAACUAAGACAAAGCAGGAAUCAGGGUGGGUCGAGCUCCGGCGACGGGGGUUCGUCGGCUUUCAUCCCUUACAUUCGGAGCUCCGAUCCGUUUCGAUAUAUAAAUAUAUAUACAUACAUAGAACUGGUAUUUAAGAAAAGUCAUCUGAUCGGACGGCGGAGAGAUGAAGGGCCCUUGUUCUGUCAUUGCGUCGUCGGUGAUCGCCGCUUCCACCGUCGUUCUUUCUUCCUCCCCCUCCUCCUUUACUCCCGGUGACCGUGACCUCCCCGUCAAUCCCUCCAUCACUCAGAAAGGAAAAUCCAUGAGCGCAGGCGCGCCCUCGCCGGAGAAGGGAAAAUUUGCACCAAAUUUUGAUGGUUUGAGGUUCAUAGAGACGCUGAUCACGGCUCACAGGUGACCCAAUUUGCCCCAAAAGUGAGGUUAAUUUGAGUGGAAUUUGCAUGGCAAGUUGCAACAUUUUCAGAGGGAAUAGUGUGUGUUUUGGCGGCUACUGUAGCUGGACAUAUUGGCUGCUUCUUCUUGAAUCUUGAUCAGUAUGUUAAUGAUAAGUUGACAAUUUUGUUUGUUCAUGAUCAUGGAUUGUAGUUUCCAAUGCAUCCCCGUGAGUUGUUCAAGUGUGCAGA